GAAAAAAAAAAAACGGGAGAGGAACCGAAGCAGAAGCAGCGGCACCAGCAGGAGGAUCAGCAGCAGAUCUAUCGGACAUUUUGUGGACGAAAAGUGGACAAUGUCUGAUCGUCCAGGGUGGAGGUCUUAUGAUGAUCGGAUGAUAUAAACAGUGGAUGAAAGGAGGGAAAAAACAAACAAACAAACAAACAAAAAAAAAAAAAACAGAGGAAGAGAAAGGAGGAUCACUCACUCAUUCAACCCGGAGCGAGCGCACGCACGAACGCGCACACACGAGCGCGCACACGCGCGCGCACGGAGAGCCGGCGGAGGAGAGGAGAGAGAGGACGGGAAGGGGAGGGGGGCGGCGGAUACCGAACCAGGACCCUUCUGUACAUGUGGAUUAAUUUUGGGAUUAUUUUAAUUUUUAGACCAUAAAUUAAACCAACAGGGCACUCGGAUAUACACCCGAAUCUCCCCGCGAACCUUCUCCACAAGGUCGCUGUUGAUCGUCAGGACUCGAUUUCAAAGAAUGGCCUGCGUGCAUAGCUCAGCCACGCCCACUUCCUGCGCGUAGAGGAAGGAUUUAUUUUCGCCAGCAUGUCCUCUCACUCGCAGCCGGUGCCUCAGAGCCGGAGAGCCAUGGAAGCUCGACACAUGCACAACGCAGCCGGUCUUCCUCUGCAGCUCGGCCGGGCUCACACGGAUGUUGGAAUUGUGGACUACCACACGCGGGACUUCGGUUCCCAUCUCUCCCAUGGAACCCUCGCUCAGUCUCACCGCCGCAGGCCGUCCCUGCUGUCUGAGUUCCAGCCCGGGAGCGAGAGGGGGUCGGAGACCCACAUCCGAUACGAGCACAUCUACCUACCCGAAUCCAACAGCCAAUCAGAGGUGGAGUACGGCGAGAUCAAGCGGCCUCGUCUGGACAUCGGGGCGGAGUCUCUGAUGCGCCAUACGUCUCAGCGCCCGCCUCUCCCUCUGUCCGCCGAGGACAUUGUAAAGGAGCGUAGCAGCAGCAGCUCAAUGGGGAAGAUCGAGCCCAUCUCUCCAGUCAGUCCGGCUGUGAUGGAGGCCGAUCUGGAGCUUGUGCCUACUCGCUUUUCUAAAGAGGAGCUCAUCCAGAACAUGGACCGUGUGGACCGAGAGAUCACCAUGGUGGAACAGCAAAUCUGCAAACUGAGGAAGAAACAGCAACAGCUGGAGGAAGAGGCAGCGAAGCCUCAAGAGCCCGAGCGCAGCAUUUCUCCUCCUCCCAGCGAAGCCAAACACCGCAGCCUCGUACAGAUCAUCUACGAUGAGAACCGGAAAAAAGCAGAGGAGGCUCAUCGUAUCCUUGAGGGACUGGGACCCCGUGUGGAACUGCCGCUGUAUAACCAGCCGUCUGAUACUAAGCAGUACCAUGAGAACAUAAAAAUAAACCAGGUGAUGAGGAAGAAGCUCAUUCUCUACUUCAAGAGGAGAAACCACGCUCGCAAGCAAUGGGAGCAGAAGUUCUGCCAGCGCUAUGACCAGCUGAUGGAGGCUUGGGAGAAGAAGGUGGAGCGCAUCGAGAACAACCCUCGGCGCCGGGCCAAAGAGAGCAAAGUGCGCGAGUACUACGAGAAACAGUUCCCCGAGAUCCGCAAGCAGAGGGAGCUGCAGGAGCGCAUGCAGAACAGGGUGGGUCAGCGUGGAGGGCUGGCGUCUGCCGCACGCAGCGAACACGAAGUGUCUGAGAUCAUCGAUGGCAUUUCCGAACAAGAGAACUCAGAGAAACAGAUGCGGCAGUUGGCCGUGAUUCCCCCGAUGCUGUUCGACGCCGAACAGCAGAGGAUAAAGUUCAUUAACAUGAACGGUCUGAUGGGCGACCCCAUGAAGAUCUACAAAGACAGACAGGUGAUGAACAUGUGGAGCGACCAGGAGAAGGACACCUUCCGAGAGAAAUUUAUCCAGCACCCUAAGAACUUUAGCCUGAUAGCCUCCUUUCUGGAGAGAAAGACCGUUGCUGAGUGCGUCCUCUUUUACUACCUGACCAAGAAGAACGAGAAUUAUAAAAACAUCGUGCGUAGAAACAACCGGCGCAGAGGCCGCAGUCAGAAUAACCAGCAGCAACAGCAGCAGCAGCAACAGCAGCAGCAGCAGCAACAGCAGCAACAGCAGCAACAACAGCAGCAGCAGCAGCAACAACAACAGCAACAACAGCAGCAGCAGCAGCAGCAGCAGCAACAACAGCAACAGGUGAACCGCAACAGCCAGGAGGAGAAAGAGGACAAGGAGGCGGAGAAGGAGGGAGAGAGAGACGAGGACAAGAACGAAGGAGACGACAAGGAGGAUGGCAUGAAAGAUGACACGUCAGGAGAGGACGGCGAGGAUAAGGACCCUCCUGUAGCGGUUAAAGGACGCCGCACGGCCAACAGCCGCGGACACCGAAAAGGCAGAAUCACUCGUUCAAUGGCCAAUGAGCAGGAGGAAAGCAGCUCUCCUCCUCUCAGCGGGGAAAUGGCGAACCUGGAGAUGAACGAGAGCUCUCGCUGGACGGAAGAGGAGAUGGAGACGGCCAAGAAAGGACUUCUACAAUAUGGCCGCAACUGGUCGUCCAUCGCCAAGCUGGUGGGCUCCAAGACCGUCUCGCAGUGCAAGAACUUCUACUUCAACUACAAAAAGAGGCAGAAACUGGACGAGAUCCUGCAGCAGCAUAAAAUGAAAUCGGAGCAGGAGCGUAAGGCCAGGCGUAAAGGUAAAGCUCUGCAGAACGAAGAGACCAGCGCUCCCUCUGCUGCUGAUGAGGAGGAGAUGGAAGGAUCCGGAGGCAGCGGCAACGAGGAGGAAGCUCAGGAGGAUGGAGAGGGAGGCCCUAACCAGAGCUCCGAUACGGAGAGCCUCCCGUCCCCGCACUCGUCAGAGAGCAGCAAGGCGAAAGAUUCAAGCUCGAGCCGAUUCAAGUCUGCGCCGAACACCACGUCCGCGUCCACGUCCGCGUCUUCUUCCGACAAAGACGCCCCGGAGGAGGAGAAACCGCAGGUAAAGUGUGAGCAGGGAGUCGUGAAGCAGGAGGAGCAGCCUGAGGGGAGCGACAGAGUCAAGGAGGUGCACGAGGAGCCGGAGGAUAAGAAGCCCCCGACUCUGGAGGCCGAAGAAGGGAAGAGGGAAGGACGGAAAAGAGAGCGGGAGCAGGGAGGGCGAGACAGCGACUCGAGCGCUACAUGCAGUGCAGACGAGGUGGAGGAGACGGAGAGCGUGGAGAAGAACAGAAUAACGUCUCCCAGGCCGAGCCUGUUGAGUUACGCCCACGACGGCGUGAUCUCAACUGCACUGCAGAAACCACUGGACCUCAAACAGCUCAAACAGAGAGCAGCCGCUAUUCCUCCCAUAAUGCCAGACAUUUCCGUAGCCGCUGGAGGCAUGUUGGGGAAGCCGCAGCUGAUGCCCGAUGCACAGGCACUCUACGAACAGCAGAUCAUCAUGGCACACGAGUCGUCCCAAGUGACCAAGCAGCAGCAGCAGCAACAGCAGCAGCAACAGCAUCCUCAGCCAAUCAAAUCGCAGCAUUACCCCGGCAGCAUCGCUGAAUCCGGGAGCCCACGGAUCCGAACCAGAACACCGACGCCCUCCGACAGGGAGAAAGAAGAUAAACCCCGGGCGUUCUCUCCUCUCACCGACUUGAAGAAGGAUCCCGGCCCGGAUCACAUCAGAGCCAUGAGUCUCGGCCGUCCUGUGAUGUCGCCGUACCUGCACUAUAACUCCUCUCCUCAGCAGGAAAGGCUGGCUGGUGUACGGCCGCUGCACAUCCCCGACCCUCCUCCUCUCAUUUCUUCAGCUAAACCGGGCGGCUCCAUCACACAGGGUACGCCAGUGCAGAUGCACAGCCCCGCCCACAGCUCAGACUACGGCAAGAUGACUCCUGGAGCACUGCCUCUCUCCUGGAUGGAGCAUCGGAAACUCGCCGGGUACCCAGUGGUUAAACAGGAGCAGCUGUCUCCACGUGGCCCCUCCUCAUCUCAGGCUGAGAAUCUGUCCACACACGGCAUUGCUCCGGAGAGCCUCGGCGGCCGCGGCCCAAUGCCAGCUGUACAAGGAGGAAGCAUCACAAAGGGUAUUCCUGGCACGCGCAUCCACCCCGAAUCCUCCAUAACAUACCGUGGUGGCUCCAUCACUCAGGGCACCCCUGCAGAUGUGCUGUAUAAGGGUACCAUUACUCGUCUUAUCGCUGAGGACAGCCCCAGCAGAGACAGAUCCAGAGAGGAAAACCAAGCCAAGGGACACGUCUUGUAUGAGGGCAUCAGUGGACACGUCCUCUCCUAUGACCGCGCCCCGAACCCAAAGGAGGAAGGCAGAGGAGAGGUGUUGGGGAUGAAACGCUCAUACGAAAUCAUGGAAGGAGGGGGAAUCUCUCGAGUGCUGCCAUUACGGGACACACUGUCCACCGCUGAGGGGUUGAUGGGUAGAGCGAUGCCUCAGGAGAGAGAGAGUCCUCGUCCUCAUCACCGUGGCUCUAUCUCGCAGGGUAUCCCACGUCACGUCGACGCCCAGGAGGAGUAUUCGCGCCGGGAGCCGAAGCAGUUGAAGCGCGAGAGCUCUCCGUCUCCUCGCGGCCCUGACGCCAUCAAGGGCCGCCCCCAUGAUGGCGUAGUGCCUACGGUUAAAGAGGGCGGGCGCUCCAUUCACCUCAUCCCACCAGAGGGGGUGCUGAUGAGCAAAGCACCGAAAGAGGGCUCCAUCACGCAGGGCACGCCUCUCAAACUGGAGCCCGCAGGUUCGUCCAAACGCCACGACGUGCGCUCCAUCAUAUCCAGCUCCCCUCGGCCAUACUCGAAUCUCCCGCCUCAUUUAGAGAGGGGCCACUACGACGAGCCGGGGCCUAAAUCUCGGCCCAGCGCCGUGGUCAGCACCUCAAGCUCCCUGGUGCUGGGAGCAGAACAGGCAGGCAAAAGCCACCACAGCCCCGUGGGCUACGAUGAGCACAAGAGGGCUGGAUACGCGCCGCCUUCGCACAGAGGAUCCCCACUGACGAGCAGAGACACGCCGCAGCGGCAGCACGAAGGCUCGGCUAAGGUUCCUCAGCAGGAACGCAAGUCUACGCCAACUCCUCGAGAAAUGAGCACCACCAAGUCUCCGCUGCCUGUCGUGGGGGAUCACGCCGCCUCUCUGGCCUCCUACGAGCGGCUGCUGCAGGGUCUGGGAACCGACAUGUACCCAAGGCAGAUAUCGCUGCCCUUCGACCCUGCUGCCCUGCCCCGGGGCAUUCCUUUAGAUCCAGCUGCUUAUUACCUGCCACGACACCUGGCUCCUGCUCCUGGAUACCCCCACCCCUAUCCCCCUUAUCUAAUCCGGGGCUUCCCUGAUACGGCGGCCCUCGAGAACAGACACACACUCUUCACCGACUACAUCACCUCACAGCAGAUGCACCAGUGGCCUGCAGCAGCUAUGACGCAGAGAUCCGAUCUACUGAGAGGUCCACGGGACCCACCGCUCACUUUACCCUACUCACCUGCAACACGAGGAGCGUCUGCGUCCCCAAUGGACCGCAUCAACUACCUCUCCGGAACGCCAACCACUUUCCCUAGCCGAGGGUAUACCACCUCACCCAUUUCCCCAGUCGGAAGCUCGCACAUAAGCAAACUCCAGGGCACGCCGACGCCUUCAGAGCGCGAGAGAGACCGGGAGCGAGAACGAGACCGCGAAAGAGACCGCGAAAGAGACCGCGAGAGGGAGAGAGAACGAGAACGGGAUCGAGAGAGGGAGAGGGAGCGCGAGAGGGAGAGAGAGCGCGAUCGGGACAGAGAGAGAGAGAGAUCUCUCGGUCAUGGCAAUGUGGAGCAUGCCCCCAUCUGGAGACCUGGAGCAGCAGAGCAGACCGGAAGCAGCAGCUCUAGCUCGCGUCCACCUUCUCUGCCUUACAGCCACCAGGCGAUGAGCCCUCGGCCCCAGGAGAGCCUUCAGCACAGACCCACUGUCCUGCACAACACCAGCUCGAAAAACCUGCAGAGUUCGGAGCACAGCAGCACGUCUGUACUGAGGUCCACCACACAGAGUUCCUCGCGUUACUCAAACUACAGCGGCCACCCCCAGAGAGCCAGCGACUCCUAUCCAGACUCGAGCGGCGUCAAAGAGCAGAGCAAAAGCCAGAACCGCGGAGUUCUGCCCAAACAACCGGAGCCCAAAUCCGAAUCCAAGAUGUCCAGCCCGAGCGGAAGCAGCGUUUACGCGUCGGCCUUCGCCCAGGCACCCGGCAGCCACGUGGGGCUCACGACAGGCCGAACCAUUCCUAUUCUGGCUACUGAGAGUGGCAUCAUGAACAAGACUCCAAACAAGGACCACGAGCUCCGUGCACUCGCUCAGCAGAAGGAGCACCAAAGCGUAUUUUAUAUUGCAGAGGAGAGACUGUCUCCCAGCCAACAGCCCCCGUCCCCUGCUGUUAAAAGCUCCCAGAGAGUGGUGACCCUCGCCCAGCACAUCAGCGAGGUGAUUAAGAAAGAUUACAUGCGUCAGUCACAGCAGGGGCAGGCGGGAGGCCAGUCUGUCUAUGGUUAUCACAGUUCACCCGUAUUGGACCUCACUCGCCCACCAAGCGCCCCUCAGACCCCACUGGAGACGAGCGUCGGCAGCCGCUUUACCCCCGAGGGCUCCAGCAACGACAGAGACAGGCUGAGAGACAGGUCUCCUCCUCAAAGUAAAGUGUCUCCAGUGAGCCUGUCCGCCGAUUGCAUUGAGCCCGUCUCUCCACCAGGGGGCGUGUCAGAGCCGGAAUCUCAGGCAGCAGCGUGUCCCAGCGAACAAGCCGAACAAGGGAUGGGAUCUCGGUCUCCCUCGAGCAGCUCCCAGCCACCUGCAUUCUUCAGCAAACUCACCGAGAACAACUCCGCCAUCGUCAAGAGCAAGAAGGAGAUGAUUAAGAAGAUGGUCGUAGGCAAUGACAGUGACUUCAACUCAGGCCAACCCGGGACUGAGAUCUUCAACAUGCCUGCUUCUGCUACUGGAGGUUCCGUGGCGGUGCGUAGCCAACCUCCUCCAGACUCCAGCGGGAACACCAUCGGCUUGGAGGCCAUCAUCCGCAAGGCACUAAUGGGAAAAUAUGACGACCAGGCAGACGAGCGCUCGAACUCCGUCUCCGGACCCCCUGCUGCUGCUGAUCCACGCACUGACGAGCCCUACACACUGUCUGGUAAAUCAAAGAGCAGCGGACGUUCCAACGGCCGCAAGACAAAGUCCCCCGGUCCUGGACUUUCAGGAGGAGAGAGACCGUCUUCCGUGUCCUCCGUCCACUCCGAGGGAGACUGCAACCGCCGCACACCUCUCACCAACCGAGUGUGGGAGGACAGACCCUCGUCCACAGGCUCCACCCCGUACCCUUGCAACCUCUUCACGAUGAUGCGCAUGCCUGGUUCAGUGAUGCCCGGCCCCUCCCCUUCACCCACCCAGUCCACCGCCGGACCUCCACAACCUCAGAGCCGGACCUGGGAGGAGGAACCCAAACCGCUGCUCUGCUCUCAGUACGAGACGCUGUCCGACAGCGAGUGAACACACACACACACACACACACACACACACACACACUCUCACAUACUUACACACACACUCAUUCACACAAACCUGUUCUAUUCUCUCCUGUCGACUUUAAACAGGGAUGUGAACACACACACACACACACACACACACACACACACACACACACACCAACAGAGUGAAUCGCAUUAGAGCACAUACUCAUGCAAAUUAAUAUGCAUACCAUCACAUUACUAAUGUACUUCUUAGAAGUAGAACACACACACACACACACACACACACACACACACAGGUGAAGAAAUGGCUGCUGCUGCAGUAGAGUACUUGUGCACCUCAUACACACCAACACUGGCGUGUUCAAUCACUCCACUGCGUGCUCUCUUUCUCUCUCUCUUUCUCUUUCUUUCUCUCCUCUGGUCUCAUCUUCUUGUCUCUCCAUAGAACUGCUCAGGAUCCUCACCUUCUCACUUCUCACUGACACACACACACACACACACACACAUACACAUCGUGCAGCUUUGCGUUGCCAUUUUUUUAAAUCGUUAAUUUGCCCCAAAAUGGAACGAACCAUUCGCUCAAGGGUUCACAAACGGUAAAGCUAGCCUCAGGCUCCGCCUUUAAAACCACAGGCCACGCCCCUUCUGCUCCAGAUCCUUUUGCUACAUCCUGACUGUAAGCUGCUACAUCUGCUCUUUUGUUUUAAUUCCUUUCCCAGUCAAACCACUCCACAAGUUCUGCGUAAUGCUAAUCUGGUGGAUUUUCCGUGACACUUAUUUGCUAGCUACAUUCUCCUGAACUCUGGUGUUUUGGCCCAAAAUGGCUGCGUCGCUCCGCUCAUAGCUUUUACACACUCACGGAUUCACCACUUGAGCUUCUGAGGCACAUUUUGAGGUACAGAGGACCGUGUGUGUGUGCGUGUGUGCGCGUGCGUGUGUGUGUAUAUAUGUGUGUGAGAAUAAAUUCCAGUUUUCCUGUUCUAAAA